GUAAAACCCUAGAGGUAGCAGCAAUGGUGUCGCUGAAGCUCCAGAAGCGGCUUUCCGCCAGCGUCCUCAAGUGCGGCCAAGGAAAGGUCUGGCUCGACCCCAAUGAGGUCAGCGAGAUCUCCAUGGCCAAUUCCAGGCAAAACAUCAGGAAAUUGGUUAAGGAUGGCUUCAUCAUCAGGAAACCAACAAAGAUCCACUCCCGUUCUCGUGCUCGGAGAAUGAAGGAGGCCAAGAGGAAGGGUCGCCACUCUGGUCAUGGUAAGCGCAAGGGUACCAGGGAGGCAAGGCUGCCCACCAAAAUCCUCUGGAUGAGGAGGAUGCGAGUAUUGAGGCGCUUGCUCCGUAAGUACCGAGAGUCCAAGAAAAUUGACAAGCACAUGUACCAUGACAUGUACAUGAAGGUGAAAGGUAAUGUCUUCAAGAACAAGCGUGUAUUGAUGGAGAGUAUCCACAAGUCCAAGGCCGAGAAGGCAAGAGAAAAGACUCUAGCUGACCAGUUUGAGGCCAAGCGUGCGAAGAACAAGGCUAGCAGAGAGAGGAAGCAUGCUCGCCGUGAAGAACGAUUGGCACAAGGACCUGUAGAGAAGGCAGCACCAGCAGCCGCACCCCAACUGUCUGAGGGAGGUGCGAAGAAAGCAAAGAAGUGAGUAGCGACGGACCUUUACUCCCAGCACUGAAGAACCAGAAGUCUAGACGUUAUUGCUGUUAAGUUUUAUUUAUAUAUAUACAGAAGUUUUAUUUCGUGAGCUACUUUAAAGAAACCGUUAAACCUUUUGAGAUCGAGGAGUACAUUUUCUUAUAUGUUGAUUGCAGUGUUGGUAACUUUGUUGAAUAUAUCAGUCAAUGCGUAUGUUCGUGCGAA